AUGCGUGAAGUUAUCUCCCUCCAUGUUGGUCAGGCUGGUGUCCAGAUCGGCAAUGCCUGCUGGGAGCUCUACACUCUUGAACACGGUUUGAGCCCUGAUGGCCGUCUCGUUGAGGGCUCUCCAUCUUCCACAGACAGUGGCUUCUCUACCUUCUUCUCAGAGACCGGAUCCGGGAAACACGUCCCUCGCUCCCUUUACAUCGAUCUCGAGCCUGGUGUCAUCGACGAUGUUAAGGCCGGUCCAUACAGAUCUCUGUUUCAUCCCGAAACCUUGAUCACUGGCAAGGAGGAUGCCGCCAAUAACUACGCCCGUGGCCAUUAUACUGUCGGAAAGGAGCUUAUUGACCCCGUCAUGGAUAAACUCAGGAAACUCGCAGAUAACUGCUCAGGGCUCCAAGGUUUCUUCGUUUUCCAUUCGUUCGGUGGAGGAACUGGUUCGGGUUUUGGUGCUCUCCUCCUUGAGAGACUCUCAACGGACUAUGGAAAGAAGUCCAAGCUUGAAUUCUGUGUUUAUCCUGCUCCUCAGCUAUCCAGCUCUGUCGUCGAGCCUUAUAAUUCAGUCCUUACUACUCACACAACUCUCGAGCACUCGGAUUGCUCUUUCAUGGUCGACAAUGAAGCCAUCUAUGAUAUCUGCAAGAAGAAACUUGGCGUUGUUUCACCAAGUUUCUCCAACCUCAACCGUCUCAUUGCCCAAGUCGUCUCCUCCAUCACCGCUUCCCUCCGUUUCGAUGGCUCUCUCAACGUUGACUUGAAUGAGUUCCAAACCAAUCUUGUUCCCUUCCCUCGUAUUCAUUUCCCCCUUGCCACUUACGCCCCCCUGCUCUCAGCUGAUAAGGCAACCCACGAACAAAAUUCGGUGGCUGAGAUGACUUUUUCUUGCUUCGAGAAUGGUAACCAGAUGGUCAAAUGCGAUCCCAAAGAGGGCAAAUACAUGGCUUGCUGUUUGCUAUAUCGUGGUGAUGUUGUUCCCAAGGAUGUUCAAGCUGCUGUUGCCAGUAUCAAGACCAAGCGUACGAUCCAAUUUGUCGAUUGGUGCCCCACUGGCUUCAAGUUGGGGGUUUGCAAUGAACCUUCAGCUUGUGUUCCAGGUGGUGAUCUUGCCAAGACUUCCCGCAGUCUUUGCAUGCUUUCGAACACUACUGCCAUUUCUGCUGCAUGGGGUCGCCUUGACUAUAAAUUUGAUCUUAUGUACUCGAAACGUGCCUUUGUGCACUGGUAUGUCGGUGAAGGCAUGGAAGAGGGUGAAUUCUCUGAAGCUCGCGAGGAUCUCGCCGCCCUUGAGAAGGAUUACGAGGAAGUCGGCACUGAUUCAGCUGAUGCCGAGGAAGAGGGAGAGUAUUAA